UGGGCAGCCGUCACACGCGUUAGUCGCCCAUCGCAACCGCGCUACACGCUGUUAUGCCACGCGAUCCGCGAUGUUAUUUCCAACGUGUGAAUAUUUAUGACGCGAUCAACCAUUACGCCUCAUCAUAAAUGGCACUGCAGAAUUCGAUGCCUCGCAUAUCGCAAACAUUCAUAAAAUGCCAAUAAUACAAACUAUUGUGAAAAAACUUGAUCUUCGAAGUUUUAGUCAUUUAAUAGUGUAUGUGCUGUUGUAUUACUAUGUCGUCGAAAGGAGUUCAGCGUCCGAAAUGCCACACGAGUGCGCCUACCGCAGUUCCGAAACGGAAACGUCGGAAAAUGCGGUGUUAUUUUGCAAGAUUCGAACGAUAAGUAGUUUGGAUCACCUGCUACAAAACAUCAGUCGAACCUAUCUGGACGAUGUCAUUUCGUUACACGUUCAGUGUAGUGAAAUACUCUUCUUCGAAAGUACGCUCUCAACCCACUCCGAUAAGGCAUCUGGAAAAAAUUCUAAUCUUGGAAAGCUAAGGAAUCUCAUAGUAGACAAAUGUAAAAUACGUCAGAUCCCCGCGAGAGCCUUUGAAAAUUUCAAAGACCUUAAACGACUACACGUGACAACGCACAACAGUGAAUGGUCUGCGAUGACUAUGGAGUUACAUGAACAAGCAUUUAUGGGUUUAAGUGAGUUGAUUGAAUUAGAUUUAAGUGACAAUAAUAUUUGGAGCACGAAAACGGAUACGUUUUGCUCUCUGUACAGUUUGAAAACUCUGAACUUUACCAAAAAUCAUUUGCAGAAUAUAAAGACAUUAGGCUUUUCAGACUCUUUACGUGAACAAAAUUUAAGUGUGAAAAGUUGUAAUUUAGUUUUAGAAACCCUUGAUAUGUCAUUCAACGAUUUGAUUGUUGUACCAGAUUAUAGUUUGUCAAAGUUAAGAUCUUUAUCAAAGUUGUAUUUGCAAAAUAAUGCUAUAUCCACUUUAGAAGAUGAGGCAUUUAAAGGUUUAAUAAGUUUAGAGGUUCUCAAUUUAUCCAACAAUUUUUUAAGCAGCGUUUCGAUAGAUAUUUUCACGGAUACGAAGCAUUUAAAAGAAAUUAAUUUGAGCAACAAUACCCUUAAUGUUUUGCAACCAGGAUUGUUUUCGGAUAUGGAACAACUUCAAAUACUGGAUUUGUCUCAUAACGAAUUAACUAGUCAGUGGAUAAAUAAGGGUAUAUUCAUAGGUUUAUUGCGUAUGGUUAUUUUAAAUGUUUCUUAUAAUAAAUUAAAUAAGAUUGAUCGUUAUACGUUUCAGGAUUUGUAUAGUUUGCAAAAGUUAAAUUUGGAACAUAAUGAUAUAGUAUCAAUUGACGAACAUUCUUUUGAAGAGUUGCGAAAUUUACAUUCUCUAACGCUAUCACACAAUAAACUUUUUCAUAUUCACACUCACUUAUUUACUGAUCUGCAUGUGUUGCACGAGUUGUUUCUAGAUAACAAUAAAAUUAAGCACAUAGACGAGAAUGCAUUUGAUAACAUAACAACAAUAGAGGAUUUGAGUUUGAACGAUAACGUGCUAUCAUCAAUUCCUGUUUCGAUUCGUAAAUUGCGUUCUUUGAGGUCCCUAGAUAUCGGUAAUAAUAAUAUAACACAUCUGAGUCGAGAGAAUUUUCACGGCUUGAAUGAACUUUUCGGUUUACGACUCGUUGACAAUAAAGUGACGAGUCUUAAUGAAAAUACUUUCGAGCAUUUGCCACAACUGCAGGUACUAAAUUUAGCAUCGAACAAAAUUAAAUUCGUAGCUCAAGGGUGUUUUCGUAAAAACGUAAAUUUAAAGUUACUACGCAUGGAUGGAAACGAUAUUACAGAAAUCGAUGGUAUUUUUAAUACAUUAAACAGUCUAGUAUGGUUAAAUAUAUCGGCUAAUCAAAUAUCGUCAUUUGACUUUUCGCAUUUUCCAAGUAGCCUAGAGUGGUUAGACUUGCAUAUGAACUCGAUAAAUAGUUUCUUCAACAACGACAUGUUUUCAAAUACAAAUAUAAAAUUAUUAGAUUUAAGUUACAAUAACAUAACUCAAAUUACAGUAACCUCUAUACCAAAAACAGUGGAAAAGCUUUAUUUGAACGAUAAUAACAUUAACCAUAUUCAAGUAGGUUCUUUUUCGAAAUUACGAAAGCUGUCAACUGUAACGUUAAAUAAUAAUAAACUUAUACAAUUUGACAUAAAUGCUUUCAGGUUAGAUCAAAUAGAUGACGAUAGCGACUUGCCCGAGUUCUUUAUAAGUGGAAACCCAUUUGUUUGUGACUGUUCAAUGGAAUGGAUUCAACGCAUCAAUUAUUUGAGUCACAGUCGACAAUACCCACGUGUGUUGGAUCUUGAUAAAGCCUUUUGUUCGUUGGUACAUUCGCGCGCAAAAGAAAAAAAGGUGAUAAUAGAUAUGUCACCCUCGGACUUUCUCUGUCCAUAUGAAAGUCAUUGUUUCGCUCUAUGUCAUUGUUGUGACUUUGUGGCUUGCGAUUGUGAAAUGAUUUGUCCCAAUAACUGUAAAUGCUAUCAUGAUAUCACGUGGAAUGCAAAUGUCGUUGAUUGUUCCAACGCGGGCUACACCCAAGUACCAGAUAGAAUACCUAUGGAUGCAACAGAAAUAUAUUUAGAUGGAAAUCAUAUACAGAAUUUAGGGAACCACGUGUUUAUUGGUAAAAAGAAAUUACAGGUUUUAUAUUUAAAUAACACAGAACUGAAGGAAGUUAACAAUCAAACUUUUAAGGGAAUUGAUUCCUUGACUGUUUUACAUUUGGAAAAUAAUAAGUUAGUUGAGCUCAAAGGCGACGAAUUCGUUCAUUUAAAUAAUUUAAAUGAGUUAUAUUUAGAUCACAACGCAAUAGAACACGUGGCCAGUAAUACAUUUUCUUCUUUAAAUUCGCUCUCUGUACUUAAAAUCGAUGAUAAUAAACUUAUCAACUUUUUUCCUUGGAAAUUGUUAGCAUCCUCAUCUAAGGCUAUUGCUCACGUUUCAAUCGAAGGAAAUCGAUAUUCUUGCGAUUGCAAAAGUAUAGCUGAAUUGGAUUCGUGGCUACGUAAGGACCCCGGUGAUCCUGAAAAAAUGCUGUGCAGUGAUAGUCAAGGAAAUCCUACGAAAAUCACUAUCGCUUCCGUUUUAAGCCAUUGCAAAGAAUAUAUGGGAUCUGUAAACGACCCAACUAUUUUGAAAGAUGAAAUUGUAUCAAAAUCAGUUUUUCUACCCGAUAGCUAUUUUGCGAUCGCUUGCGGUAUAAUAAUAAUAAUUGUAUUGAUUUGCUUAAUAGGUGCUAUCUUCUAUGCUUUUAGAUACGACGUAAGUGACUGGCUCUACACUAAGUAUGGUGUCCCAUUAUUUAAAGAACAAACGUGCCCCAAUGUCGAGCAUAUUUUAGAAGGUCACUCUAAUCACAUGUAUGAAUAUUAUGUGAUAUGUAAUACCAAAGAUACUAGUUUUGUACAUCAUAAUAUUAUGUCAGAAAUAGAAUUUAGAAAAAUGUCAGCAAGAAGGCUUUCAAUGAAUGAGGCUACACUGAAUAUUUUAACAUUAGAUAGCUUUUCAAAAUGCUCGAAAUUAUCCAAACGUCUUCUCAUUGUCUUAACAACGAAUUUCAUCUGUAACGAUUUAUGCGACAUUCAUUUUAAAAACAUGUUUUAUAGUUACUUAAAGUCAUUGAACAGAAGCGAAAUAAAUAAAAUUAUAUUCAUAAAAAUAGUGGAUAAUAAUCAAAUAAACGACGAACUUGGUUUUGUGUUAGACAAGUUUAAAAAUAUAUCGUGGAAUGAUCCUCGUUUUUGGGAUAAAUUCGUGGCUUUAUUGAAUUCGACGGACACUAUUAUAACGGUAAAAGGAUCAGAGAAGAGCGUAUUUAAGAAGUCAUUACGCAAGACCCCAACAUUGAGGUACACGACAAUGCCUGUCUCAAACGAUAGUUGCUCAAAGCAGAAUUUCACGAAUUCUUUACAAUUCUCUAAGAGAAACCAGGACGAGUCUUCACAUAAUGAAAGCUCGCCUUCAUCUGACAACAUGUACGGGGAAGGGAACAAUUCGAACAAUAGUUACAUGUCGAUCGACAACAGGACGUGUCCUCGGUUUAAUUAUGAGCUCAGGAAAUCCCCUAGCAGUGGUCAUGUCUACUCUAGGGUGGAAGAUAUUUCUCCAACCAUACCCCGCUCUAUUACGAGCAAUACUUCUGCUAACGGGCGUACUUACUACGUUUGAUCGAUAAUGCUUACUUUCAAGUAUUUUAUUACUUAUUCUUCUAUUGUUAUGCACUUAUUCAAAAUAUUUGUCCUCCAUUCACACUUAUCACACAAAAUGUACAUAAUCUGCUUCUACCAUAAACAUUUGUCAAUUUUAUAAUACGUAAUGCAUGUUGGAUGCAGAGCAAUUUUGAAGUAAGUAAAGAAACAAUAUCCUGUACAAAAUCCAAGUGGAAAUGUUAAGUCUGAUAAGAAACACUAUUCGAAAUGUAUUAUUAUUAUUGUGGAUCAUGUUCACAUACACACUGUAAAAGAACACCAAGUUGGUUAAGAUAAUUCGUAUUAGUAAUUAACGAUAAAUAUUUGUAAUUGAUUCAUGAUAUGUAUGACAAUUAUAUGCUUUUAUCUUUUAAUGCUUCGUUUGAUAUAUUUUAAAAACUAAUAAUAUAAUAUUAUAUUCUUAUUUAAAAUUAAAAAAAAGAUAAUAUAUUUUAUUACGAAAACAACUAUUACCAUACUUUCUUUUUUGAUAAUUGAAAAAUUAUAACUUUCCGUGUUUUAUGGUUUUUAUUUGAUGUUACAUUAAAUGUAUUAUUUUAUCCUGUGCUUAAAUAGAUGUAAGUCAUAUUUAAAUGUAUAUAGAGGAUAUGUUUGCAAUGUUAUUGUUUAUAUUGGUGGUCGUUUGCUUAACUUUAUUAAUGUUUAACUA